UGAACUCCUAGAAACCCCUAAACUCACUUGAUUAACUCGCAAAAUCCCUAAAUUGGAAAGAAUGGCUUAUCUCUUCGUCUUUGCUCCAUUGGGGAUAGUUGUCGACUUCACUGCAUUCUUGGAUGGAGACGGCAUGCCAAAAGCUGGUAGUAUGGGUCACGAUUUCCAGGAGUCUUCACACGUGAGCCAUCGUUCCUUCCUCAUUGUUAGGAUUCAAAAUCAUUAGGUAAAUAUGAUGAGGUUGUUCUGGCUUAGACACAUUAGUUGUUCUCCCUUGGUGAAGGUUGUUCCUUUUCAAGUUCUCACAAUUGGAUUUCUUUUCAAUUAAAUUUAACAAGAUUUGGUGUUUUUAUUGCAGAGAGAGCUAUGGUUGUGAUGUUGUUUAUUUCUUUGUUGAUAUAGGCUAUGAACUGAAUGUGAGUUUGGGUUAAUUAGUUUCAGAUAUGGCACAACGAUAACAAUUAAAUGCACGUAGCAUUGAAGUCUGGUAAUGGCAUAAAAGAUGUAAAAAGCAGGUUUUUCUCAUAUAUGUAUGCUAAUUACAUGUAUGUAAAUAUUAACUUUUCCAUGAAACUAAAUUAUUCUUAUAUCCAGAUUUAAGCAUUGCAAAAUCUGUAUGAAAACAAAAUAGAAACAGAAGUUGAUGAUAAUAUACCUAGUCACUCGGUCAGAGUGUACAUGUUGCCGCUGGUGCCUAGUUCAGAUGAUUUCUUUCCAAGUAUGGUUCUUAACUAAAGUAUAUAUUAUUUUUUUCCGGCUCUGUUCACAGUAGUGCCAAGUAGUUCAGAUGAUUUAUUGGUGUCCUGUUAAUUUAUUGAUAUUGAAUUGGGACAAUCGGGUAGCUCAAGUUAGGGUUGGUCCAUUGGAGGUGAAGUUCAAAGCCUGGAGUUCAAUCCUAUUACGACGUGAGGGUGACAUUACUCCUCAUAGGUCAAAAGUAAAAUCCUCUUGCUGCAGGUUUUGUAUAUACCUUUCCCUUCCCAAAAGAUGAUUUGGAGAAAGUUCAGGUUUGAUGGAGUUCACUGUCAAUAUUUUGUCAAUUAUUCUUGAUUUGUUUGUGGGGAGAAAUGUAAAAAUUCAAGCUAAUCAAAUAUCUUGCUCUAAUAAAGUAAGAAUGCGAACUAUUUUCCUCAUACACCAUGAACAGUACAUUUGAAUCAAUCAUAAUUUUAAUAAUUGGGUCAUAUGAUCACAAUCAUUCUGUUUCCAAUGCUUAUGCAGGCUGACUGUUUAUUUGCAACUUCUGCUUAUGGGUCUGCUAAUUAAGGUAGUUUUUGCUGUUGUCUCUCCGACAUGUCUGCAGCAAGCAUCAUUGAUUUCCCCCAACCCACUUCAGCUAGAGGGUAACAAAUCCAUUUUCACCACCCUAUUCAAAAGGAUGAUGCUACUGUUCUUCCCAGUAACAAAUGGAAGCGGAAGAGAAAGUCGAGCUGCAGGAGAAUCUCCAAUCUCUGAAGGAAAAAUGGGAAGAUCUUCAAAAUAAGAAAAAGGAUGUGCAAACAGAAAUUGAUAGCGCUGAGCGCACAGGAGUCAUGAAAAGAACAAAUGAAGUGAUUGGUUGGCUACAGGAAUUUCAAAAGCUUGAAGAGAAAAUGAAAGAUAUUCCCAAUUCUCAAGAAGUUCAAAGUAACCAAUGUCUGAAUGGUUAUUUCCCAAAGAACUGUGUGUCAAGCUACAAGUUAGGGAAAACCAUUGUUAAGAGGAUCGAUGAGGCAAAUGGCCUGCUUGCGAGAGCUAGAGCUGGCAAUCUGCAGAUUACUCUCAAGCAACUACCUAAAUCUAUAGAGAUGCCUUCUAGUGAGACUAUAGGCUUAGACUUGAUGGUCCAUAAAGUAUGGAAUUCUCUUGACGAUGACACUGUUGGAGUAAUUGGUUUAUAUGGAAUGGGUGGGGCCGGAAAAACAACUCUUAUGAAAAGAAUUCACAAUGAAUUACAAAUGAGGGAUCAUAGUUUUGAUCUAGUGUUGUGGGUAGUGGUUUCAAGAGAUUGUGAUAUCAAUAAACUAAUGAAUGACAUCAGCAAUAAAAUAGGAAUCGAUGAAGGUUUUUGGAAUAGAAGUACUCUAGACCAAAGAGUAGCAAACAUUUAUGGCCGAUUGAAAGGAAAAAAGUUUUUGUUAAUGUUAGAUGAUUUGUGGGAAAAGCUGGAACUAGACGCAAUAGGAGUUCCAGUUCAGAGAGAAAAUAACAACAAAUCAAAAGUAAUGUUCACAACUCGGUUUGAAGAUGUGUGUGGUAAAAUGCAAGCUCAAAAUAAAUUCAAAGUAGAAUGUUUAUCAGAAAAAGAAGCUUUUGAUUUGUUUUGUAAGAAAGUAGGUCCUGAGACUUUAAAAUGCCACACAGAGAUCCCAAAGCUAGCACAUGAAAUGGCUAAAGAAUGCGGAGGAUUGCCUCUAGCAUUAAUAACUGUAGGAAGUGCCAUGGCUGGGGUCGAAAGUUUUGAAGCUUGGAUGGCUGCGAAAAAUAAUUUGAGGAGUUCUCCUUGGACAGCCUCAAAUUUAAAGGAUAAAGUUUUUAAUAUCCUCAAGUUUAGCUACGACAAACUUCCAGAUGAGGCACAUAAAAGUUGCUUCCUGUAUUGCGCACUAUACCCUGAAGAUUUUGAAAUACACAUUGAUGACAUUAUUGAUCGAUGGAUCGGUGAGGGAUUUCUCUUUAGAGAUGAUAUGAGUAUAUAUGAUAUGCGCAUCGAAGGGAAGUCAAUUAUUGAAAAAUUAAUACUUUCAUGCCUAUUAGAAGAGAGUAUUGAUAUCGAAUCUUUCCAUUAUCUUGAGAGGAAUAAUAGGACAAUUAAGAUGCAUGAUGUGAUUAGAGACAUGGCACUAUGGUUAGCUCGAGAUGAAGACGAAAACCAAGACAGAAUUGUUGUUCAGGGGGAAGUAUUUUCCAUAUCAAAAAUGGAUUCUAAAAGAUUGAAUGUUGUAGAGAGGAUUUCAAUAAUAACUGCUACAAAAUUUUCAGAAAACUACAAUCUACCAGCUUGUCCAAAUCUCACCACUGUUUGUUUUAGGUUUCACGGGGUUUUCAACACUUGUAAUAAUCUUUCAUCAACAAAUUUUCAAUCCCUAAAAAGUUUGAGAGUGUUGGAUUUAUCAUAUACUUGUUAUAUUGUUCUUCUCCCCCCUGAAAUUGGUGAGAUAAUCAACUUGGAGUUCCUUAACAUUUCAGGAACAUUUGUAUCUUCGUUUCCCAUUGAAUUCAAGAAGUUGAAAAAUUUGAAGGUAUUCCUUAUGGAUGAUAUGAAAGCCUUUGAUGGUGAAGUAAGUCCAUUGGCAGUGAUAGAAAGUCUUGAACAAUUAAAAGUGUUUAGAUUUAGUAGACUCCACGGCACUGUACAAGAAGAUAUAGCAUUACUAGAGAAGCUGGAAUCCUUACCAAAAAUGGAGGAACUGAGCAUUCAAUUAACUGGCAUCACUAGUAUGCAAAGACUAUUUAACUCCCCCAAAUUACGAGGUUGCUCUCGACGUCUUAGGCUUUCUAAUUACGAGCUAGACACACUUGAAAUGUCAUCAUUAUUAGCAUCCAUGUCAGAAAUGACUCAUUUGGACUGCAUACAUCUUAUAAUGAUACGCAGCCUCGUAGAUGGUUCAUCGGUUACUGAGAAAUGCCAUCUUGGCAGACUUCGACAAGUGCGCAUACAUUUUUGUAGUUCAAUUACUCAUUUGACCUGGCUGAGGUAUGCUCCGCUUCUCGAGUAUCUUGUUGUUAUUUAUUGUAGUUCAAUUGAACAUGUGGUGAAGGAAGCCACAGAUGACGAAGAGUUUGGCUCAGAAUCUAAGACUGAUAAUAUAUUCACAAAUCUUAAAGAUCUUUGCCUUGAAAACAUGCCAAAGCUAGUGAGCAUCCACAAAAGAGCUUUGAAUUUUCCUUCCUUACAACGUAUUCGUGUAACUGAUUGCCCCAAUCUGAGGAAGCUUCCUUUCAACUCCAGCAUUGCUUCCAUGGACAACUUGGUUGCAAUCCAAGGAAGGACCAACUGGUGGGACAAUUUAGAGUGGGAUGACACAAUUAUUGAACGCUUAUUACGUCCUAAAUUUCAACAUGUCUAAGGCACAGAUUCAAGCAUUGCAAAAUCUGUAUGAUUACCUUCUUGAUAAUGAAAGCAAAAUAGAAACACACGAGUUGGUGUCUCAGAUUUCAAGAGGAACUGCUCAUUUCCUUACUUGCAAAGAUCAUGACUAUCAACAAAGUCUAUGGAACAUGGUUUCAUCUAUUAUGGAGGAUAACGACGGGAUACGAACAUAUCGGGUAGUUCAAGUUAGGGUCAGUCCACUGGAGGUGAAGUUCAAAGCCUGGAGUUCAAUCGCAUUACAAAGUCCAAUUAAGCCUGUCAGCAAGAAUCAUUGAUUUUCUCAAUAAAUUUUCUUGAAUUUGGGAUAACUAAUUAACUAACAGAUUAUUUAUUCAUAAACUAAACCUUACUUAAACAGUUGGAUUUUGGAAGCAUGAAAAUGAAAAUGAAAGGUUUGUGUCUCAAUGCCAGAUCCUUUUCUUCCUUACUUUUUUUAUUCCUUAUUACAUUUUCAUUCUUACUAUAAUUUUCUGAUUCCUUGCUUCACGUUAAUAUGGAAUUAUUCAAUAUCAUUAACCUAUCCAAAACAAAACCAAAGUUUUUUCUCAACUUUAGAAAAGAAUCUUAAGCUAUGUUCUAUAAAUGUUGUUCUAGGCGUCCAAUUAAAUAAAUAAUCGCACAAGAGUUUCAUCAUAGGUAACAACUAUAUGUUUAAUCAAAUACCUUUUUUAUUGUUCACAACACAAAUAUUUAUAUAUAUAAGUCUAACGUUCAUUUUUUUCUUUCUUGCAAGCCUUGAUUAAUAUUUUAAGAAUCCAUGGAAGCGUUGGGUGUAAUCUGGGAAGUUGCCAAAAGUUUGUUCAGUUGCACAAAUGCACAAGCUGCCUAUGUUUAUAAGCUGCAGGAGAAUCUAGAAUCUCUAAAAGAAAAAUGGGAAGAUCUUCAAAACAAGAAAAAGGAUGUACAAACAGAAAUUGAUAGAGCUGAGAGCACUGGAGUCAUGAAAAGAACAAAUGAAGUGAAUGGUUGGCUACAAGAAUUUCUAAAACUUGAAGAGAAAAUGAAAGAUAUUCCCAAUUCUUAAGAAGUUCAAAGUAACCAAUGUCUGAAUGGUUAUUGCCCGAAGAACUGUGUGUCAAGCUACAAGUUAGGGAAAACUAUUGUUGAGAGGCUCAUUCAGGCAAACGGCC